AUGAAAUGCGCCAAUGAAACGGUGACUGUUGAGCUGAAAAAUGGCACAAUUCUCCAUGGAACAAUCACCUCUGUCUCUCCACAAAUGAAUACCUCUCUUCGCACUGUGAAGAUGACACCCAAGGGCCGUGACCCUGUUUCCCUCGACACCAUCAACAUUCGUGGCUCAACAAUCCGUUAUUAUAUCCUCCCCGACAGCUUGCCACUCGAUACCCUGCUCGUCGACGAUGCCCCCAAGCCCAAGAAUAAGGCGCGCAAGGAGACCGGAGACCGCGGUGGUCGCGGUGGUCGCGGUGGACCACGAGGCCGUGGAGGCCGUGGAGGCCCUCCUCGCGGUCGCGGCCGCGGCCGUGGUUUCUAA